ACCGUUUGAGCUUUUGGCUUCUGCUCCCAAACUGACCUCACCUUUUGGUUUUGGUUUUUGGUUCGCCCUCCCCGGCCGGAGUCGCUCGCGCCGCCGGAAACCUUCCCCUCUCCCCCGGCUGCCACCUCCAAUCGUAGGAGCUCCUCCUCCUACCCGGAGGCGGCUCCUUGUGCCGGCAAGGAAGAAGCCCUAGCCCCAGGGUCAAGCAAUCCGAUGGAGGAAACCCUAGCCGUCGAAGCCGCCGCCACCGCCGUGGGGCAAGAGGAGGCGGCGCCGGAGCGGGAGCCGGAGACGCUCGAGGAGGUCAUCUCGAGGCAUAGGAAAGAGAAAUCCAAACUCCAAGAUAAGGAAACGAGCCUAAAAAAAGCAGCUGCCAAAGGCAGCAAAGCUGAGCAGAAGGCCAAGAAAAAGCAGGUCGAGGAAGAAAUAUCACGCCUCUCAGCUGAAUUAGAGGCAAAACAUGCUGCAGAGCUUGCUUCAUUUGGGUACAAACCCACAGGAACCUCCGAAAAGGGGAACCUUGACACCUUGGUGAAGGCCAUAGCUGGUGUUUCUGUUUCCAGCAAUGCAGAAUCCAUGAAGCCUGGGAAGGCUGCACGGCGGCGAGAGAAGAAGGCGAAGGAAGAAGCCGCUCGAGAUCAGCGAAUUGAAGAAGAACAAGCCAAUCUCGUUACCGAUCGCAUGUUAGAAGAUGAGAAGCUUGAAAAGAAGCUCAAGCCCUUGGGGUUGACCAUUCGUGAGAUAAAGCCAGAUGGCCACUGCUUGUAUCGUGCUAUUGAGAACCAGUUGUCGCUCCAUUCGAAAGGCACUACACAAUACAAUCACCAGGAGUUGCGGCAAAUGGCAGCCAAGUACAUGAGAGAUCAUGCUGCAGACUUCCUCCCUUUUUUCCUAUCAGAGGGCAAAGCUGAGUCUGGGCCAGAUCCCUCGGAAAGCUUCGAAAAGUACUGCGAAGAGAUGGAAUCCACUGCUGCUUGGGGUGGGCAACUCGAGCUCGGUGCUCUGACCCACUGCCUGAAGAAGCACAUCAUGGUCUACUCGGGCUCCUUUCCAGAUGUAGAAAUGGGCAAAGAGUACAGCAAGAAGUCAGAAUCAGGAAGUGACCCUAGCAUCAGGCUGUCCUACCACAGGCACGCCUAUGGUCUCGGCGAGCACUACAACUCGGUUAUCCCCACCGAGUUAUCUUGAUGCGGGGAAACCUAAUGUUCCUGGCCUAUGGUCUUUACUCAUGAGAGGAGUCUGUAAACACCCCCCAAAUAGAUGAAGACUUGUUUACUGUUGCUGUUAUGUUUCCAUCUUUUGAUCAGUCUGGUGAUAUGGUUGAGUUGAGUGUACCAAUCCUAGUAUGUUUAGUCGGGAGUUCACUUCCCAAACAAUUUUGCCUGUAAAACUGAUAAUAUCUAUGUGGCAGAGUGUACGGUUUUGACUGCUCUCUCAUUGGCUA